AUGACCACAGUAACGCCCGGAGCUUUCUCUUUCCCUCAAACCUAUAACUUCCCCCCCUUCUUCACCCCGCAACCGAAUACCAACACUCGCCAAGCCCAGCUCGAGAAAUGGUCGUCGUUGAUCCAGUCUUGGUGCCGACACCACAGAUUAUAUCGACUUAGCCUGGUUGAAGCAAUCGAUAGUCCUCUUUUUCACAACGCGGCGCUGCGCAAACGUCUAGAUAUCCGGGAAGUUCGUGCGGUCAUAGACUGGAUGGUGAAGAGCGAGGAGGAGGGUGGCGGGGGACAGCGCGCAGAGUGGAUUGAUUCUUCCACAGGAAAUCAGCCCAAGUCUGUGGCAUGGAUUUGGUGGCGGAGGCCAGAGGAGUGGGCGGAUAUACUUGUGGAUUGGGUGGAGGGGACAGGGCAGCGCGGGGCAGUCCUGACAGUUUAUGAGCUUGUACAGGGGGAGGCGACAGGAACACAAGAAUUCCAUGGCAUGGAUAAUGAUGUUAUGCUGAAGACACUGAGCAUCCUGUCUAAGCGCGGCAAGGCGCAGGUCUUUGGGAGCGAGGGACAAGAAGGUGUCAAGUUUUUCUAA